AAGCACACUUCAAGCAUAGUAACAGAAUUUGUUUUGGCUUGUGCUCAGUUCAGUUCCAUUCAAUGAUUGCAUAAACCCUCUGCCAUUCUCUGUUUAACUCCAUUAAACAGUAACAUGUUUAACCUCCACUGCAGAUUUAACUGUUUUUAACUGGCUUUUCGGACUUUAGCUCCAAAUUGAACCUGUUAAGUGAGGAGCAGUGUGAAGUCUGUCAGAAUCUCUGAAGCAGACUACAGGCGUUUCACACUAAUCUGCAGUAGUGCAGUAGCUCAACAGUACAAAAACUGACUUGUUUUGAUAUCUCAAACAACAAGAACUUGGAUCAGAGUAGCGAUGACGACCUUUGAUGACCUCCUGGAGGAGGCUGGGACUUUUGGCCGAUGGCAGAAGCGAAUCUUCGCCCUGCUCUGCCUGUUGUCAUUGCCUUUUACCGGCGUGUACGUCGGCAUUGUCUUCCAGGGUUUCACCCCGGAUCACUGGUGUCGGGACUCUGCGGUUGUGCAGAGGAGGCAGGCGUGUGGUUGGAGCCUGGCAGACAGUCGCAGGCUGACGGUGCCGAAGGUCAACAGCUCUGGAGUUCUGCAGCAGAACAGCUGUGAGCGGUACGAGGUGGACUGGAACACCACAGCACUCACCUGUAACUCACAGGAACUGAACUUGACUGGGGUUCCAGUUACCACAUGUAAGGAUGGCUGGGAGUAUCAGUAUGAAGGCAGGAAGUCCUUCGUCACAGAGUUUAACCUGGUGUGUUCAGAUGCAUGGCUGGUGGACAUGUACCAGUCCACUCUCAAUGUGGGCUUCCUCGUUGGCAGCUUUGCUUUUGGUUACCUUGCUGACAGGUUUGGCAGGAGGAUCAGUUUCCUAUUGUCCAACGUACUGAAUUUAAUCACAGGGAUUGUGCUGGCUGUGGCUCCAAACUACAUCUCCAUCCUGGUUGUCAGGAGCCUGUUUGGCUUCGGAAUCAAAGGAGGGUGGAUGUCUGCAUAUGUGCUGCUCACAGAGAUCGUUGGAGUGGAGUACAGACGGAUGGUGGGAAUAUUGUACCAGAUGGUCUUUAGCAUCGGCAUCAUCAUCCUCCCUCUGCUCGCCUACUUCAUCACUGACUGGCGUUGGCUGCAGGUCGUCAUUACUGCACCCUACCUCUUCUUCCUGUCCUACUACUGGUUCAUCCCAGAGUCUCCACGGUGGCUCAUCUCUCAGAAGAAUUCCGCAAAAGCUUUGGAGAUCACUGAAGCUAUGGCGAAGGAGAACAAGAAGAAACUCUCCAAGAACUUUGACACACUUGCUGAAGAUGAGGCUGACUCCCCCUCUGCCUCUCUGCUGGACCUGGUCAGAACUCCAAAUAUGAGAAAACACACUUUAAUCCUCAUGUUUAACUGGUUCACCAGUGCUGUGGUCUAUCAAGGCCUCAUCAUGCGGGUGGGAAUAGCAGGAGGAAACAUCUACAUCGACUUCCUCAUCUCUGGCCUGGUGGAGUUCCCUGCCGCCUUCCUCAUCCUCUUCACAAUUGAACGUGUUGGUCGGCGCCUCCCCUUCGCCACCGCCAACAUCGUAGCUGGAGCCUCCUGCUUGAUCACUGCCUUCAUCCCUGACAGUGUACUCUGGUUGAAGACGUUGGUGGCCUGCAUCGGUCGGUUGGGGAUCACCAUGGCCUUCGAGAUGGUGGUGUUUGUUAACACCGAGCUCUACCCAACAUUUGUCAGGAACCUGGGAGUGUCAGUUUGUUCCUCCCUGUGUGACGUUGGAGGCAUCGUGGCUCCCUUCCUGCUCUACAGACUGGCUGACAUCUGGCUGGAGCUGCCCCUCAUCAUCUUUGGAGUGGUCGCGUUCAUCGCUGGAGGUUUGGUGUUGCUGCUGCCUGAAACCAGAGGAGUUCCUCUCCCGGACACCAUUGAUGAUAUUGAGUUUCCUAACAGGAAAAAGGAAGAUGCAGUGGAGAUAUUACAAAUGAAGAAACUUUUAAAAUCAGACCUGACAAACAACAAGGAAACAACAACUGUGUGACUGCGUGUUUGUAUCAAUGCAUUUGUAUGUACUGUAGAUUUCCUUCACUGUAAUACAGUAUAUUGACCUCAACUAAAAACUUAGGUUUUUCUUAAUACAUUUUCUAUAAAGCAUGGCUUCCCAAUUUCUUUUGUAUUUAGUUUUAUUUUUCAGCUCUUACAGAAAACACACCUUUACAUCCCAAAAGCAGGAAUAUGAUCUGCUUAUAGUGCUUCCACCACAGGAAACAAAACACUUUGUUGACAUCAGAAACAGGCUGCAAACACACACCCACACCCACACACACACACACACACACACACACACACACACACACACACACACACA